CGGAUCUGGGGUGCUGGACGGAACGCUCGACGGCUGCAACCUGCAAGUCUCUUCUAGCUCUUCCUCGCUGCGCCACCAAGCUCACUCUACUGUCAACGAAGAGAAAAGGGUCACGCCUCACUACCUCUACCUCACGCGUCACGCUCCCCCGCUGCCCCUCUUCUGCUCCGCCUUGCCGCCGCGCCGCCCUAGCAUCUUGCUGCGUCGCGCCGUCGCCCCCCGCCUCCGCGACGGCCCUGCUGGUCCAGCUCGUCGCUCGCCGACGCGUUUCCCACCGGUUUGUCGCGUGGGCCGGCGCGGCCGCGCUGCUGCUGCUCGCAGUUCCGGCUGCCCCAGACAGCAUCACGAGCAAGUAAAUGAGAUUAUGAGUUCCAUUUGAAAGGUAGUUCAUGAACACAGUGCUAACCAUGUCUGGUAUCAAUGGUGAGGAACCACAUUCAGAGGUUCAUCAGUUUAUGAACAGAGCAGUAGCUAUGUCAGAUAUGGAUGUUCAGGAACCACCUUCAGAGGUUUCUAUUGGUCCAUCACGGUCAGUGAAUAUAGUUGAUGAGGACGAUGAUUGGGUUAUAGUCAAGAAACAGCGGAUCACCAUAUUGAUCCCUCCACUAUCACCUGCGGCUGCAAGCCCUCAAGCUGGCACACCCAUAGUAAGUUCUAGACAGGUUAGCCUACCAAGAAUGAGCAGGAGAAACUGCAAUGCUGCCACAAAGAAGCAUCCAAAACAUUUUUCUACAAAGAAAUCUUUGGAGGGCCUUGGCGUCGAUACCAAUAUCAAGAAAGCUCGAACUUGCCCUUCUGAAAGAAUUGUUCAUCAAGAUGAUGCAAAGAUGAAGGGAGAAUCGUCACGAAGUGCUGCUGCCCCUGUUGUAAGGUCUGAAUGGACUAAACAUGCAGAUCAUGCUGUUGAAGGAUUGUCCCAUCAAGCCACAGAGAAAGCAACAAGUCCACUCGGAAACAUGUAUGAUCCUGGGCUGCCAGUUAUUUCUUCGAAUGUCACAAAUAAGGUACUGCGAGCACGACUUCUUCAGAGACGGGUUGCUCGGUUUGGUGGGCUGAGGAAUUGGCUUUUGACUUGCGGUCUUGGAUGGUUUGUCAAAAUAUUGGACAGUGAAGGUAUUGGGAUGUAUCAGAUGGUCUCCCUUACAAUGAACCAGCUGAAAGAGAUGGGCCUUAUUGCCGUAGGACCCCGGAGAAAAUUAAUCCAUGCUAUUGACAGUCUCUGCAAGCCCGGUCAGUUUGAGAUGUUUUCUUGAUCUCAAGUGUGUUUCGGUUUGUUAGAUGUUUUGAUGCUAGUCAGUUCAAUGACUGCAGCCGUAUGCAUAUGUCUUGAGUGGUUUGAUGCUCUGUUGUAACUUAGAACAGAAAAUGCAACUAAUGCUAUAAAAGCUUUAAGUUGAAAAUUAGAAGACUACAGUUCGGCCUGGCUGUGUGAGAUGAUCCAUUGUAAGCUUUUAAAAGUGCAAACUAAUUUGGGUUA